UGUGCAGGCGCUGCUCCCUGCUAGUCGGGAAGCCAGAGGAGGAGGGGUUUAAGGAAGAAUCCCGGCCGCUGCCCUUCUCAGCGCUCGAAGACGCGCCAUGCUUGCCCUUGGAAAGAGCCUGACUAAGGCUCUGGCCGCUCGGACCCUGGCGCCUCAGGUGUGUUCAUCUUUUGCUACAGGCCCCAGACAAUAUGAUGGAACAUUCUAUGAGUUUCGUACUUACUGCAUUAAACCUUCAAAGAUGAAUGAGUUUCUGGAAAAUGUUAAGAAAAACAUACAUCUUCAGACAGCUCACUCUGAAUUGGUUGGAUUCUGGAGUGUAGAAUUUGGAGGCAGGAUCGAUAAAGUGUUUCAUAUUUGGAAGUAUGACAAUUUUGCUCAUCAAAGUGAAGUUCGGAAAGCCUUGGCCAAUGAUAAGGAAUGGCGAGAACAAUUACUCACUCCAAUUUUGGGUCUUACUGAUAAACAAGAGAGUGAAAUUACUUAUCUGGUGCCAUGGUGCAAAUUAGAAAAACCACCCAAAGAAGGAGUCUGCGAGCUGGUAACUUUUCAGAUGAAACCUGGUGGGCCAGCUCUGUGGGGUGACGCAUUUAAAAGAGCAGUUAAUGCCCAUGUCGAUCUAGGCUACUCAAAACUAGUUGGAGUUUUCCAUACAGAAUAUGGAGCACUCAACAGAGUUCAUGUUCUUUGGUGGAAUGAGAGUGCGGAUAGCCGAGCAGCUGGGAGACAUCAGUCUCAUGAGGAUCCCAGAGUUGUGGCAGCUGUUCGGGAAAGUGUCAAUUACCUAGUGUCUCAGCAAAAUAUGCUUCUGAUUCCUACGUCAUAUUCACCAUUGAAAUAGUUUUCCAUGGAAAUACAAAGCAUUGCAUGAACUGCCAUAAGAUGUGUCUGUUAAUGGUGCUUAAAUUCUUCCAAGAGAUUCUCACUUUUAUUUGAAGGAGGUGGUAAGCUAAUUUGCUAUAUCCCUUGCAUUUUUUAAAAGCUACUCUCUAUCCACUGUCACCACCACUUCAGGAAACAGUCUGUUCAUUUUCCCCUUGAUAUUUCAGUACCUGUCACACAUUAAAAAUAGUUGCCAUUA